AUGGAGUCUUCACUAACUAAUACUCUGAUUGACUUUUUGGAAGGAAAUCAUUUAAGUGGAAAGAGAUUCUACGUGGAAUCCAUGCAAAGAGCGAUUGAAGAGAACAGACGGGCUAUUCCAAUUCGAUUUUCGGAUGUUUUAGAGUAUAAUCAAGAGAUUGCGAUUGCGAUGAAGAGAAGUUUUGCCCGAGUUGAGCCAGAAUUAAGAAAAGCACUAGAUAUGGUAGCGGCUAAACACUUUCCAGAAUUUGGAGAUAAAGGUGUACGCAACAGGAAAGAGUCUUUUAUGCCUUGUAUUUAUGGUUUAGAUAUGCUUUAUUCCGUACGAGAUCUUAAAACUGAACUAUUGGAACAACUAGUUUCCUUUUCGGGUAUUGUUACUCGUACAGCUCAAGUCCGGCCAGAGUUACUAGAAGGAACCUUUGUCUGUUUAGAGUGUAAAGCAACUAUUAAGAAGGUUUCACAAGAAAGGAAGUACAGACAGCCCAUGCACUGUCUUAAUCCCAUGUGUAUGAACCGUAGUAAGUUUAAGCUAGUUGUUGAGGAUAGUCUCUUCUGUGACUGGCAGAGAAUUCGUGUGCAAGAACCGGUGGGUGAAACAGAGAAUGCCCAUGUAAUUCCCCGAACGAUUGAAGUUCUAUUACGUGAUGAUUUAGUGGAGUUAGCUAAGCCUGGGGAUAAUUUAGUGGUAACGGGGUACUUGAUGGCUGCUCCUAGUACUCGGGAUGUAUUAGGACAUAGUAAUUCGGCUAAGGUCGGGUUGAGUAAAAUGCCUGAAGCUGAAGCUAGUCGGGGGAAGAGUUUACAAAGUCAGAGUAUUAAUCAUGACUUGGUCUUUAGGGCCGUAUCUAUUUCUCGGGUGCAGUACGAUCCAUAUACUUCUUUGAUUGAUAAGAGCAAAGAUAAGGGAGAAGAGUUGUUAUCUCCUAUGGAUAAGAUCAAAGUUAAUGCGAUGUUACAAACACCUGGACUACUUACUAAACUGGCUAAUAGUUUGUUUCCUUCUAUUUGUGGGCAUGAGAAUAUUAAGAUAGCUAUUCUGUUGAUGUUAGUGGGGGGAACUUCUAAGAAAACAGCUGAUGGUAUUUCCUUAAGAGGAGACAUUAAUAUUCUACUGGUGGGAGAUCCGGGGACGGCUAAGUCACAAUUAUUGAAGCAAACGGUUUCUUUGGUAGAUCGUGGGGUGUAUACGAGUGGGAAAGGUUCAAGUGCAGCUGGUUUAACGGCUAGUGUGGUUAAGGAUGAAACGGGAGAGUUUAGUAUUGAGGCGGGUGCACUUAUGCUUAGUGAUAGUGGAGUGUGCUGUAUUGAUGAGUUUGAUAAGAUGGAUGAGAAAGACCGAGUGGCUAUUCAUGAAGCUAUGGAGCAGCAGACGAUUACUAUUGCUAAAGGAGGUAUUCAUGCUACACUAGGGGCAAGAGCUAGUAUUUUAGCGGCUGCUAAUCCGGUUAAGGGACGGUAUGAUUUGAAGAAGACUUUACGCCAGAAUGUUCGGCUUAGUCCACCAAUUAUGUCUAGAUUUGAUUUGUUUUUUGUUUUGAUAGAUAGUAUCAGUAUUGAGCACGAUCAGAUUAUUUCUAACUAUAUUUUGAAAAACCAUAUGAACUAUCCCCAAACAACGGAAAUAGUUGAUGUACCUUUUACUACCAAUGAUGUUAAGACUUUCAUUAGAGCCGUUAAGUAUAAGGAACCUUCUAUUUCUAAGGAGGCUGAACAAACUAUGCUGGAGAAGUACUUAGAGAUUAGGAGGAACAAUAGCAAUCACUCAUUUGCUCCAACACCACGACAGUUAGAGAGUAUUAUUCGACUAAGUGAGGCGGUGGCUAAAGUCUAUAAUCUAGAUGUUGUUACGCCUGAAUGUGUUGAGCAGGCUUUCUUACUUGUGUCUGGAUCGAUAAUGAACAUUAUUAGUGAUGACAUUAAAAUCACGGUUAGUGAUCAGGUGGGAGAACGAGAAGUACUUGUAUCCUAUGAUGAGUAUAUUAAGAUGACUUCUGCUUUGAUUUACAUUAUGCAAGCUAAGAGUGCUAGUGAGCCGCUUACUAAAGAUGAUCUUAUUCGUGAGUAUAUAGAGAAGCACGAGUAUGCCAUUAAUACGGAAAGUGAGUAUCUUGAUCUGCAGAACAAAGUCUUAGCACUUAUCAUGCAUUUAAUUAACAAAGAAGGCGUCUUCUAUAUUGAUGAGGAGAGUGAUCGUGUCUAUUUACAUCCGAAUUAUAACAGUAUCUGA